UUCCUAGUAUUCCUGGCCCUGGUUGGCUGGUGUGUGCGCUGGGGCUGUGGCUGUUGCCGUUAAUCCUGCCUUUGUAGCAACAUAUUCUCUAUCGUGACUGCUUUCACACUCACCCCAGGCAGGGCCGCUGGGUCACCAUGGCAGACACCCUGGUAGAAAAGCGGCAGAGAAGAAAGAGCUUCACUUUCUUCCACGCCCCUCAGCUUUCUUCCUCAUCCACCUCCUCCCAGACUACUGCUACGUUCACAGCCCAUGAUCGCUCCUCCUCAGAUGGCCUAUCCACAAUGAAGAAGCGAACUCGCCGCAAUUCUUCUUUCUUUGGCAGUCGCGAUCCAAGCCCCGGAUACGCUGUUAGAUCGACUCCCAAUGUUUUGCGCCGUCCGCAGACGUCUGGGCCUGAAGCCGCAUCCACACUGACCCUUGCCGCCGCAGAGACUCACAAGCCGAGCCGCAAAUCGCUUCAGCGGUCCAAGCGAUCCUCCAUGCUGGGCUCACUACGUUCUCUGCAGUCACUGGAAGACGAUGAAAAAGGCUUAAUCGACGACGAUGACUCGAAUGCCCCGUCGUCUCCCAACGCCAGGAGAGUGCUCGGCCAUGUUGUCUUACACCAUGGUGAAGUCCAGACGGCAGGAACCAUGUGGCGGAAGAGAACUCACUAUCUUGUCUUGACCGACACCCACCUCAUUCGCUUCAAGAGCCAAGGUAAAGCAUCCGACGUCUUCUCGACCAUUUCUGCCCCCUCCGGCCGUACCACCCCUGUUAAUCGUCAGUCGGUUGUCUCGAUCACUUCUUUGCAAGACCAUGCGGUCACGUCCUACAACGGCGAUAUUGCCGCCAUCGCUUUGAAUAGUAUUGUGUCUGUGCAUCGCGUUGACGACAUGCGAAAUCAGCCUGCUAUUGAGCUGUCCUACCUGGACGAUCGAACGAACAAGCCUGCUCUUAUGGCCAUUCAGCUGACCGACCCGGAAGAACAGAAUCUGUGGCUGAUUGGGAUUCGCUCAGCUGCCCACUCGAUCCGUCAGGUCGAGCCACUGUCCUUUGAGAACAAGGUCAUUGACUAUGCAGUGAGGGUUCUCGAACAAGAUCGAGACUACGACCCCGAGAAUUUCAAUAUCUUUCGCGUUGUGCAGCGGUCUUCCAACAAACAGGCCAACCGGUCAUCCACCGAUGAUAUUGCAAAACUGUCGGGAACAAUGUGUUACCUCGCUAUCGGACUCCACAAGCUCCACCUCAUUCCUCUUCAGAAAGCGUCGAGCCGGUCCUCCUUUAUAUCUAUGAAUGAUCUCGACUUGGGAGCAUCCUUUGGUCUGAUGGCUCUAACUUUGUUGUCUAUGCAUUCGGGGGAUGAUAGGUUUCAACUGACUUUCCGAUCUCCCCUACGAAACUCGUGCACCUUGCACCUGGCAUCGGUUCAUUCAAUGGAUAUCGCGUUGUGGGUCCGCCAGCGAACCGAGUUUUUGCGUCCGCUCUGGAUACGCCAGCCGUAUGAACUGGUGGCUCCUUCUGAAGUUGAAGACCUUGUUCCUGCACCAGAACUUGAUGAGGAUUUCGCCUGUUUCGACCGCACCCUCAUCGCCUACUCGGCCAGCUAUGAUAUUGAUACCUCAAAUAUCUGCUACACCAUCGACCUGGAAUGCGAGGAUGCACCCUGCUUCAGGCUUCUUCCCCCGGCAGCUCGUCGACGUCAAAAAUACACCGUUCUAGAAUUACUGGCUGUGAUGCGGGCACUACGAUAUAAUGAAUCUUUUGUUUCCAUUUCUUUCAGUGGCAUCAGUCUCGACGCUUUACAGAAUUGUCGUGAUCAAUAUGGUAUCGACCCCGAUGCUUUUGUUGCCAGAUCUGGAGCGCCAGUCAAUAUUGCAGGUCAAGAUCGCUUGUCGUUGUUGUCGCAGGAAAUUCGGGCCUUGGCGCUGAAAAGUAAAAGGCUAAGAAGACUCGACUUCUCGUUUUGUCUAUCACGAACUCCAAUUUCUGACAGUGGUGCUCGGGAUCCCGGCUGUGGUAUACCUGAAGCGAUCUUUCCACUUUGUCGUCGCCAAUAUACAAAUGUCGAUUGGAUUGUGCUAAAUGGUAUCAAGCUAGGUGAUUCAGACCUUGAUUAUUUGGUUGAUGCUGCCUCUCAACGGACUAGUCACUUGCGGGCACUCGAAGUAGGUGACUGUGGUCUUUCAGUUCACGACCUAGAUCUCAUCUUGUCCACCCUCACUGCCCAAGAAACGACAUUGGAAGCAGUGAACAUCUCCGGCGUGCAAGGCCGCCUCAGUCCCGAGCUUUUCCAACAACAGAUUGGAUACUUUGGUCAGAUACGCAAGAUAAACCUCACUCGUGUAGCCAGGACCUCGGGGCCAGGGCCAUUGAUAGCUCCUGAGACAUUACUAAAUUGGCAUCUAGAGGAGCUGUCUCUAAGCCAGACCGCGAUGAAUGAGGAGACUGUCGAUUCUAUUGCUGCUUACUUGGCCAGUAACCAGUCGUCAUCUCUUCGAACUCUGCGAUUUGACCAAUGUGGAUUGACCGGGGCAGAUGUCGCUACCUUUCUUCGUUGCAUGACUCGGGAACCUGGAACAGUCCGUGACCUGCAUCUGCAUGUUAAUGAAAACAACCUGGAUACCGAUUAUACGCUGUUAUUUCAAUCUAUUGCAGAGAAUCAUACCCCGACCCACCUUUCCAUGCGCAUGAUCGACUUCAAAAAAGAAGACCAUUUUCGAGAACUGAUCGGGGCUAUGAGGAAAAAUACGUCAUUGAAAUAUCUGGACAUUUCAAAAGCAUCGCUCCCUUACGACGCAGGACCGGAUACUUGUGAGACGCUUCAACUGAUGUUUGAAGAGAAUGAAACUCUACAAGAGCUGGAUAUUAGUGGCGAAUACGCUCAUUUGGAUGUUGCCCGCUUCGGUAUCGGAUUGAACCAAGCUCUUACCGGGCUGAAAAAGAACAAGUCGCUAAAAGUGCUUCGAAUUGAACAUCAGAAACUCGGCCUCCAAGGCGCUAAUACCUUGGCCUCAGUCUUAGAAGAGAAUACAAGUCUCCGAGAGAUCUAUUGUGAAAACAAUGACAUGAAUCUUCAGUCGUUUACUGUUCUUGUGAAUGGUUUGCAAUUGAACAAGUCGGUUAUCGUUCUUCCUACCAUGAAUUCUGAUCGCCAUAAUUCUUUGGAGAAAGUCCGCCGAGAGAUUGAGAAUGUUAAAUGCGAAACAGCGGCACAUCCCCCUAGUUCGGCUGCAAGCUCUCUUCGUCGUUCGCUCCAUGCUGCUAUGGCGAUCGGCCAACCAUCGGGCGGCCAUAAACUCGCAAAACAUCAUAACCCGUCUCAAUCGUCGAGAAACAGCUUCACCGGCUCUUAUCCUUCAGCUCAAUCCCCGCCAGAAUCCUCGUCUUCAGAUCCAUUGAGACAGGAGGUUGAAAGCACGCUAUCAUCGCUGAAUAGGAGAUGGGACGCUGAAGUUGAUCGGCUUCGUCAGUAUCUGUAUAGGAAUUAUUGUGUUCUGCACGAUAUUCCUUUCGACGUCGCUGAUUACAAAGAAAGUGGUCUUGAUAGACCGACGACGGUUGAUGAAUCGCGACCAACUACAUCUGCCAGUCUUCUGGCAAUGGUGGGAGAUAUGCAGCAGCUAGGUUUGGAUCUAGCCAAAGACGCACUUGCUCCUCAUCUAGAGAACCCGGAAGAUACACCCCAAGCGGAUAUUCCAGACAGUGAAGAUAUCCUAGACGACAGCUCUGCAAACGAGUCGCCAGUGAUGAUGUCGGGCAAUUUCUCAAUACCUGCGAAUGAGUCUGUAAGAAUGACUGACGCAACACACCAACUCUCGCCAUUUUCAUCUUCCUCGGACAAGCUAGUCGGCAUCACCAUGAAGGAGUAUUUCCCCUCUGCUAGCUCGUCACCCCAACUGGCUAUUCCUGUUCCCGCCAUUAGAAUCCCGAACACUGCCGAGAGCAUCCGAAGCAACUGCAGUUCCAGCAAUCUUUCCACCAGCACGGGCACAGGAGCCAGAAGCUUUCGAAGCACCAGCGGCCUCGCAGCAUCUUCACUGCGCAAAUUUCUUUCGAAUCGUCCGUCUGCUAUGAAAGGAAUGCGCCAGUUUAGCAGCUUUGGAGAGCCAACUGAUGAACUGCUGACUGUGAAGAUGUCUGAUGAACCGCCGCGUAUUAUAUGGUCACCUCCACAUAUGGAUCUUUAACUACUUCUUACCUCGACCUUGACUUUUAAAGCAUUGCCACCGCUUCAUCCGCUAAUUGUUUAAAAUGCCACCCCGCUGGACGGCGAACAACCCUCAUCCAACCCUGUCUAGCAGAUAACGAUCAUUCUCUAGACCUGCAUCCAUUAUUCGAUACCCUCAGACUCGAUAGUCGAUACUCGAUCUGAACCUUUGUGAAGUUUCUCAUGAUCAAAAGUUGCAACUAGACGUUGUCCAGUUUCAUUGACUUGCGCACGAUACCAAUUUCCUUUCCUCUUUCCUCUUUCCUCUCGUUUCAUUUCAAGCUCUUCAUACCACCGCAUUGAUCAGUUGUGAUUUUAUUUGUUUUCUUCUUUUCGUCCAUGUUAGUCGUAUAUAAGGGGUUGGGUGUUUGUAUGUGUUUGAGUAUUUAGCGUUCGUUAAGCUUAUGAUGGUGAAUACGUUCACUGUACAUUAAAACAUUGAGAAUUUAAUGCUUCUUAUACGAAACAGAUCCC